AGCGGCGGGGCUGGGCUGGACGCCGCGGGCGGGGGCUUUGUGGAGACCGUCGGGUCUGCUGGGAAGGCGCCCGCGGGACCGGGACGGCGCGAUGGGGAUGGCCAAGCUGCGACUGCUGUGCGCCGCCGUGGCACUGCUGUGUGCGGCCCCGCCGGGGCAGCCCGGAGCCGUGCCCCCCGCGGGAGAGGGGGACGGCUACGGGGUGAAGCUGUGCGGCCGCGAGUUCAUCCGCGCCGUCAUCUUCACCUGCGGAGGGUCCCGCUGGAAGCGGCUCUCCCUGCUGGCGGUGGAGCCGGCGCCCGCGGCCGAUUCUGCACAAACAGCAAGUAACAAACUACUGGGAAGCUUCAACCUGCAAUCAGUUUUGGAUCCUGAAGCAGAGCAGCUGCAGAAAAGCAGUCCAGUUCUUGGAUGGGAAACAUUUAAGGACUUGUAUAGUUUAAAUUACUAUAAUGAAUAUGUACCUUUGGCAGGUGACUUAAAAAAACUUGUUCGCCAGGUAGAGGAGGCUGUUCAGAAGGACAGGGGGGGAACAGAAAAUUCAAAUCCCAUGGAAUUAAGCAGCUACAUUUGGGCCAGGUAUCCCAGAAGAAAACGGGAGUCUCUGGGUUUGGCAGGAAUGUGUUGCAAAUGGGGCUGUACAAAAGCUGAAAUUAGUACUAUAUGCAGAGUUUAAGAUCCUCUCUACACUUGUGCAUGAAAUCAGUGUUUGUUGCAGUACUACUUGAUUGAUUACUUCAUGGAGGGAAAAAACUCUUGCUGUGUUUUAUCUUGUCUAUAUGUGCCAGUCAAUAUAGCUGGUUUUCUUUCAAAAAACCCCAAAAACAACAAAACAAACAAAACAUAAAUGUAAUUGCAAUGAGUUUGUUUGGCUGCAGUAACUUCUGAUCUAUAUUUUUUACUAAGUCUUUUCAUUUUAAUGUUGAGCCUUUACACUUAUAUUAUGAAUGUAUUAUAUCUUUGUAACACUUUAAGAAGAACUUCAAUAUUUCAUUAAAAUGUAAUUAUACUAUGUGUU